AUGGCCAUUCCAUUCACAUACCACGCCAAGGCACAGUCCACCUUCAAGCCUCCCCUCAUCGCCAACGAGAAUGCCUUCCUAGGCGAUGUGAUCUCUAGCGACAAAGAUAAUGCCGAUAAGCCAAUCUCCUGCGGCUUCUAUCGCCUGGAGAAAGGUACCCCGCUGGUCUAUACCUAUACCUACGAUGAAAUGAAGAUUAUUCUGGAGGGACAGUUUCAAAUUACCGAUGAGACGGGUCAGACGGUGACUGCGUCGCCGGGAGAUGUGUUUUAUUUCCCCAAGGGGGCGAAGAUUACGUUUACGACUGAGAAUUAUGGGUUGGCGUUUUAUACUGGCCAGCGGGCGGAGGGUGCAGCAUAA